UUACGGGUAUGGGUCAAAACGCGCGCUUUGCCGGCAUUCUUACACACGAGGUCUGAUUUGUGUUGUAUGUGAAGCCGAAAAUCUGGAUGCAAAUUAUUCCGCUGUUCUCCACGGAGUCUUGAAGAUCUUUGGAAAAUUCUAGGACAACAGAAAGAAGAGAACCACAAGUACAGUGUCCUCUUCAUGCUAAUUGACAGUGUAUAUUUGAAACCACAUCCUGAUUGAAAAUGGCCAGUGAAGGUGGAGACGCUGUAAAGACAGACUUUGCCCCCUCAUCCCCGGCCCCCAAGGAUGGUACGGCCAAUGGCCAGCCAGUAGGGGACUCAAAUCUGGUCCGCCUCAAGCCCAAGAUAAGCCUGCUCAACGGCGUGACUAUCAUCGUGGGGAUCAUCAUCGGCUCGGGCAUAUUCAUCUCGCCCCAGAUCGUCCUGGGUUUCACGAAGUCGGUGGGGCUGUCGCUUAUGGUCUGGGCAGCAUGUGGUGUCUUCUCCAUGAUUGGGGCACUGUGCUAUGGCGAGCUGGGUACCAUGAUUACCAUGUCCGGCGGCGACUACGCCUACAUCUUGACGGCCUUUGGCGACCUUCCGGCCUUUCUGCUCCUGUGGGUCACCCUGGUCAUCAUCCGGCCCACUGCACAGGCGGUGGUGGCCAUGACAUUCGCCAACUACAUCUUACAGCCAUUUUUCACUGUUGAUGAUCCCAAUUGUGGCCCGCCCAGCUCUGCUGUCAAGCUGCUGGCUUGUUGCUGUGUUUUGGUCUUAACCUUUGUGAACUGCAUCAGCGUCAAGGCAGCAACAAGAGUCCAGGAUGUCUUCACUGCAGCCAAGGUUAUUGCCCUCAUCAUCAUUAUCAUCGCAGGUCUGGUCCAACUCUUCAGGGGCGAAACUGAGAACUUGGAGAACGCCUUUGAGGGGUCUUCUUCCAAUGUCUUUGACAUUGUGCUGGCUCUCUACUCUGGCCUGUUUGCCUACGGAGGAUGGAAUUAUCUGAAUUUUGUGACAGAGGAGUUGGUCAAUCCAUAUAAGAAUCUUCCGCGAGCUAUUGUCAUCUCUGUUCCCUUGGUGAUCGUUGUCUAUGUCAUGGCCAAUGUGGCUUAUUUCACAGCCAUUUCGACACCAGAGCUGGCAGCUUCCAAGGCGGUUGCUGUGACCUUUGGAUCAAAACUUUUCGGUGUCAUGGCCUGGAUCAUGCCCGUCUCUGUUGCCUUGUCUACCUUUGGUGGAGUCAAUGGACUUCUCUUGACUGGAUCCAGGAUCUAUUUUGUUGGAGCUCGUAAUGGCCAUCUACCUGAAGCUCUGGCAAUGAUCAGCGUGCGGUGGAAGACACCCAUGCCUUCCCUGAUCUUCACUUGCUGUCUGACUCUGCUCUACAUGCCUGCCAAGAACAUCAUCCAGCUGAUCAACUACUUCAGCUUUGUGACUUGGUUGGCCACCGGUACUGCCAUCGCCGGCCAGUUGUUCCUGCGCUGGACACGACCAGAAAUGGCUCGGCCCGUCAAGGUCCCCCUGGCUCUGCCCAUCAUUUUCUUCUUCAUGUGCUUGUUCCUGGUUGUGAUGGGCUUUGUCGCCGCACCGUUUGACUGCCUGAUUGGCUCGGCCAUCAUCUGCACCGGUUUUCCCAUUUAUUUCUUUGGCGUGUACUGGACCAACAAACCAGAGUGGCUGGUCAACUGCAUCCACGAUGUCACCCACCAGAUGCAGAAAAUGCUCGUCUGUGUCGCUGAGGAAAAGAAACUGGAAUAGGGCAAUCCAAGAAGGGAUGAAUUACCACGGUAAUGGGAAAGGAAUUUCAGAUUGUUGAUAUUUUUAAUGCAGGGUCUUGAAGUUCUCAGAAGACUGUGAUCCGUGAUUGCUGUUAGUUUACUAUUAAAACAGUUCCCAAGCAUCACUUUAAUGCUUCGAAGACUGAAGGCCCUUGAAAACUUCUUCCAAUGUCACCACUGUGGAAAUUUGUUUCUCCCCAGCUGAGUUUCUUACAAGUUUUAGAGUGAUGCUUUUAUUGACCUGUUGCCGUUGGUGCCGUUGCCGUGAGUUACCACACCCCUUAGACAACCCUAUAGAAUUUUGUAUGUCUCAGAUUUUGCGUGUCUUGCGUCCAUUUUGUGUCAUGUGUAAUUGGACAAUAUUCUACCAUGAUAGGUCAGAUUCACAUGAAAAAUUUAAUACAGUCGUACCUAGCUAAACUUUUUUUGCCGAAUAUUGACUUUCGAGCCCAAAUAUCCAAUGUUUAACUAGGGUUUUGGACAAAUUUGAUGUUUCUUACCCACUGGACAUAUGAAAAAGUUCUGAUAAAUGGAAAAGGAUUGAAAAUUUAAAUACCUUAAAAAAAAAAAGUUUUUUCCAGCUGAUCUAAGAAACUUAAAUCAAGCACUGACAAUGCACUUCAUCAAUUUGUUUGAAUUUAAUUAAGUAUGUGCAUGUGGUAGAAGCCCUUACAAGAUGUAAUCUUAUGCAAGUUGAGUUUCUGCUCAGUGGGCAUAGCAACCAAACAAAGGUUUGUGGUAGUACCACGUAAAGUUCUUUUUUGAGUGAGUAAGGGUUAAGAUAAAAGUGAGGGAGUCAGGGUUUUAGACAGGUGGCACUGUCCAUUGUCAGGAAAGAUAUACAGUAAUCUCACUGUAUCAUUUCUGUUGGAAAUUGAUAAAGUGGCCCAUAAAAAAACACUUUUGUUUUGUAAAAUUUCUUAAACUUUGUCUCCCCCCAAAAAAAUCCACAUACCUUAGCAGAAUUGUAUGGUUGGACAUUCUGAUAUAUAUGUGGGUUUGUUUUUUCAUGUUUAGUUUCCAUAGGUUUAAUUCAACAUUACAUAUCAGUAAACAUAAUCUGCUAUUUGACAAAUACUUGAAAUUUUCUGGCAUUGAAAUAAGGGUUGACUGCUUUUGUUUUUCACAGUAUUUAAAGGCCCGCAUGUGGACCCCUGUAUAGGCAAAAGGUCAACUCAGGAUAUGUCAUACUCGUUGAGUAAAACAGGCCAGUUAUUGCCAGAGUAUCGUUUACUCAGUUUACAUUGUUCCAUGGAAGUAAACGGUGUUGAACUUAUAUAGAUCCGUCUGGCUGUUUAUGGGUCACAUAGGAUACCCUUUUGAAUUCCUUUGAGCACUUACAAUUUCUGGCAAUCUUUUUUCAAGUUAAGUUACCACUUACAGUGUCAUGUCUGAAGCACCACUACAAAUUCUAUUAUUUAAGUGAGAAUGGAAAGUGUGAUGGAUGUCACAGGGAGAACUGUGGAAAUACUGUAGACUCGUUUCAUGGGACAUCAGCUGAAGUUUUCAUGUUGCCAACUUAUGUCUGUCAACACCGAGUGUUAACGUGCAAACAUCAAAUGUCAUCAGUCGUAGUGCCCUGCUUGCGGUGUUGUAGUCAAGACCAACACAAGACCAGACACAAGUAGCAGGGUGAACAAUGAGAAUGGAGCGCUUUUGUUGC